AUGCUUGCACUGGACCUUGCUGAGCAAGCGGCCACUAAACCUUCAGACAAUGCUGUUGUUAUUCAGACUCUCGCUGUUAUCUGCAGCAUUGGCCACCGUGUGGACCAGUCCAGUCUUAAUCGAUUAUAAAAGCCUAAGUUUUGGUAUCUCCUGUCGUAAUAGGGUCAUCAACUAUAUCUACACUGAAUACAGCAACCAUUUUAAAGACAGGCGUUACGAAAUUCGUUGCGGAAGCCCUAAUGUGACAAUGGAGUGUGAGAACAGCGGAUACGUGAAUGUUAUGGGUCAGCCCAUUAACUUCCUUUGUUCGAAGGACAAAGGUAUGACCGACAUUGGGAGUCACCAUGACAACUACUACGAAGACCGUCGUUUCAAAUUCGGUUGCUGUGGAAUCAUAGGCAAGAAAUUAAGCAACUGUUACUGGACAGACGAGGUCAACACCUUGGGAGGGCCAAUGACCCUGCAAGUCCCGGAUGGUCAGGUGAUUCAGGGCGCUCACAGUUACCGCGACGAUUUCUUUAUGGACAGAAUAUGGAGAUUCCGGCUUUGCCUGCUAGAAGAUGACUCUUUCCGUAUAAACAGCAAAAACAAAAAUAAAAAGACUAGUCUUAAAGUAAAUAAAUGCACUUAAAUUCGACAUUGAAGAUGCAGAUAGCAAGUAGUUUUCUUUGCAAAACAAAUACACCAAACGACUGGUCGCAAGCUGCAAUAUAAAUUCAUAUAAUUACAAAAAUAACUCUUUCUGUCCACCUUUCUAUCAAGUUGUUAAAACAAUUUUAAAUGUUGAUCUAAUAUCUAUUCAAUGAAAUAAACUAGCUUAAAGUUA